AUGGAUAGGCCUGACACGGACAGGAUUAUAAGCCUGACGGGCGGUUUUUGGGAUCCCAGUUGGAGGAGUGCAAACGGCAAAGUUAAGCGAGGGUUCGUGAGGGGACUUGGCAGUCAACUGUGCGCUUGUAUGCAGUCGAACGCUUCAAGACAAAUCCUUACAAACCCUCCUGGUAAUAUAUAUGUAUUUUCUGGAUUAAACUACAAAGUGGUAAAAGCAGUCCCGGCCAAACGUUCUGGAGGCGAAGGCUCGACCAAACUUCGUCCAGAUCUACACUUUGCAUCUUUAAAACCAGAGUUGACACGUCUCUUGCUCUGUAACAAAAAAGAGCGUCACUCUGGCAUAAUUCAAGCAGCUCUUUUUGCUUCCGUAUCUCCUUAUUUCAACUACUACAGUAGAGUCGAGCAUCCUCCAAAACCUGUGAACCAUGGUUUCCCUUCCAAACUCCAUCUGUCAACCGCUGGUCUUCCAAAACACGCGCUAUUUUCAAAACUCCACCGACAGCAACCAGCCACCAACAACAAUGAAGGAUAUCUGAUGACUAAUGCAAAUAAUGACUCUCGAGAUUUUGCGCAAUUAAUCGAUGCAGUACGAGUCUUUUUGACCGUCACUCAGCAAUUUCACCGCUCCAAGCAUCUUCGCGACCGAAAGACGCUGUCAGAACUCGAGCGGCAAGUGGCGGCAAACAGUCCACCCAUCAACCAAGAUGUCCUCGAAGCUGUAUGCCAGGCAGCCGUCAGGAAUGACCUCGCCCGCCUCAUACCCUCAUUCCUCAGGGUGGCAUGGAAGUUGGGCAUCGAUAUGCAGACCGAAUUUUAUGAGCGUCUUUGCGAAACCCUGAUCGAAGACCGACGCUGGCAUGAAAUCAAGCGCGUGUUAGAGGGUCUCAUAACUCAAAAUACGCAGCACAUGUCAACCAAGCUGCUGAAUACAGAACUGCGCCUCUACCUCCACUUUGAGAGAUAUUCGCUCCUCAAAUUUGAUCGUGUGAUGAGGCUGUUCAAUCAACAGGGGUGCGAGAUGGAUCAGGCAUCCUAUCAUCUCUUGAUAGAAGCUGCUAUAGCAAAUCGCAAUAUGCGUGACAGUCGUGAUGUCACUUCCCGCAUGUUGAAGGCCGGGUUUGCCGUGAACGAAGACACAUACAAGGCCUUUCUAUCGCGUAUGGUGGCUAUUGGUCCAAACCGAGUUCUCGAAGAGGACGUCGUUGCAGCCCUACAAAAAGCCAACCUCGAGUUGAAUGUGGGGAUCCUAAACUCGUUAAUACGACUGCGAAGUAUUGUGGGCGACGAUAGAUCAUUACAACAAUAUGUAGAACAACUCAAGCAGCGCCCUACCACUUCAACGCCUUCAACCUCAAAUAUGCAAGGAGAGAAGGAUAUGGGCUCCACAACAGGAACUCCUUCAACAGCGGUUCUAGGCGCUCUUCCCGAUAUCAAGACAAUACCCAUUCUAAUCGAGCAUUUUGGGCGGCGACGUCGCCUGGAUAGUGCUAUACGAGUAUUUUCUCUGCUUGAGGCUCUUCAACUGAAGCCCUCUCCGGAGAUAGUAGCGUACAUGCUGCUGACAUAUGCCCGAUGUGAUCAGACCCAGCGUGGCCUAUCGUUUUUCUCCGAGCUUCUACAAAACCUGCCAGAAAGGACAAAGAGACCGGCGGAAAAGCUAGUCAAAUCAUUGGGAUGGGAUGGAAUCUACUCCAGGAACGGGAUACGGGAUGUUUCGAUCAACGUCUUCAUCCUGAACGCCUUAUUAUCUGUAGUAGUACCCAUCAAGGGCUUAGAUGCUAUCUCGACGGUCUUACAACUGAUGGAACUCCUUCAUGUCCAGCCAGACGAUGAGACUGCCCGACAAAUACUCUAUUUCCUGGAUAAAUACGAAGGUGUCGGUUCAAACACAUUGAUCACGAUUCUCUAUCAGCUCUCUCAAUAUCAACAUAUCCAAGGGCGAAUGAGGCAUCUCAAUAUUUUGCUGCAUUCCAUCCUAAGGGAGUACAAAGAACAAUGGAAGGGAAGAGGGGGAUGGCUUGCUGAUGCUGCUCGGCUAUCUCUGAGUGCGAGUCAUACUGCUAUUCCGGACGUCACAACUUCAAGAACAGCAGACCGGACGACAAGAUAUUUUAGUAGCUUCUACCGAGAAAGCAAAAUUGCGAUACCUUUGCGAUCUGAUUUACAUCAAAUCCUAAACUUCGUCAAGAGCUCUGGCUCCCGACGUGAUGCGGCGACUUACUCGAUAUUAAUGUUCUACCAUUCACGAGUGAAAAAGAACCCGAAGGCUGUAGAGCAUCUCUAUGAAGAAAUGCUAUCCAACGAGAUUUUACCCAACGCAUAUCAUGUCGCAGCUCUCAUCGAAGUCAACUGUCUCACAGGCAAAUUGGCCACAGCGCGCAACUUACUAGAUCAUGCGGCACUAGACGGGAUCAAGGUCAACCAAGUUCUAUAUUCUAUGCUCAUUCGCGCAUACGGAGACCAUGCGAAGCCGGAUGAAGGCCUGAAUGUAUAUCGUCAAAUGCUCAAGGCCCGAAUAAAGCCGGAUGUAGCGGCCCUAGAAGGAGUCAUACGUGG